AUGACACACCGAACAGCCCAAUGUGAGUCGAAGAAUGAGGCGAAAGCUAUUAAAGGUCUGAGGACGGACGACCGUAUUAUCAUCCUGCCCGCGGAUAAGGGACGGUCAACGGCCGUCAUGAAUCGAAAAGACUAUGACGAGAAAGUCAAAGCUUUGCUUGAUGACAGAAAGUCCUACAGACAGGCAGAAGACUCAGAAGCAAAAGCAGUAUCAAAUCAGUUGAAAACAUUACUUGGAGCAUUCAAACGCCGGAAUGUGAUCGCAGAGAAUGAAUAA